CACAAAAUAGAAUAGAAAACAAUCUCGCUUUGUUUUUUGGCCCCCCUUCAUUUCCCUUGUUUUCUUCACUCUUCAGUUUUUUUAUUAACUCUGAACACUUCCUUCUUCCCCUUCCUUCAAUUUCUUGUAUUCAAUUUGAUUCUGAAGCAUAGCUAGGGUUUUUUUUUUCUCGCAUCAAUCAUACAGAGAGAGAGAGAGAGGCAGUCAUGGAUUGGGGAAAUGUUACAGCGGAGGAUCUGGUGGACGCUCUCCGGGAGGUGGACUGGUCGUCGCCGCCGCGUCCCUUGUCGGAGUUCUUCUCGCGGUUCACGGUGCCGAGAUCCUCCUCCAAAUGGGAUAGCCGCUUCAAAUGCAAUCUCUACUACUAUCGGACCAACUACUUCCUUUUGAUUGUUUCUGUUCUCAUAUUGGGUUUUCUUCGGAGGCCACUGGCUAUAGUAGCUGCGCUUCUUACCGCCCUUAGCAUCGCUUUCCUAAAUGACAGCUUUGCAGGUACCUUUAGUGAGAGAGUGACAAGAACAGUUAGGCAGUUUUCACCACAUUUAGCUGCCAAGAUGAGACCUCCCCUUACGCCUGUUAUACGGGGACGUCCAUCAUCUAAGAGAGCGAUUUAUAUAUGUGGUCGGCCACGUUGGGUGUUUGUCUUGAUAUUUUCUUCUGCAAGUUUCAUCCUUUGGUUUGUCUCUGCUGGUCUUCUAACUGUUUUGUGGGCACUUGCAUUUGGUCUUCUUGCUACCAUCCUGCAUGCAAGCUUUAGAACCCCUAACUUGAAAGCACGUCUAAACACAUUCCGAGAAGAAUUUCGUGCAGUAUGGCGCAAUUAUAGUGAGCUAUAGGCUGUAGCUUACAUAAUCUUUUUGGUUUUGGAUGUGCUGCUGCUGUUCAGUUGAUGUAAUGUUCAAUUGGAAUGGACACUUGUGAAGAAUGCAUAUCAUUGGAAGUUAUCAGCAGAUAGUAAAUUUCCAAGGUUCUUGCGUUUGUAAAGUACACUGUUUUCAUUGCUUAUUAUAUGAAUAGGAGGCAUUUGGAGGUUAUUUAUAAUAUCAUUGACAAAUGCUGUAAGCUAGACUGUCACCACAGUAGCACCCCUAAUUGAAAAUUUAAUUGCAAAAUGUAAGAGAUAUGUGAUGCAAACUUGCAAGAUUCUGAGUUUCUUUUUUAUUAUUGAUUUUCUUUCAUUUUGAGCUA